AUGUGUGUCGCUGUUGCUGACGAGUCGUUGGCUGCCUUCAACGAAUUGAAGUUGGGCAAGAAGUUCAAGUUUGUCAUUUUCGCCUUGAACGACAAGAAGACCGAGAUUGUCGUAGAGGAGACCUCCACCAGCGAGGACUAUGACGCUUUCUUGGAGAAGUUGCCAGAGAACGAGUGUAAGUAUGCUGUCUACGAUUUCGAGUACGAGAUUGGUGGAGGUGAGGGUAAGAGAUCCAAGAUUGUCUUUUUCACUUGGUCUCCGGACACUGCCCCAAUCAGAUCCAAGAUGGUGUACGCUUCUUCUAAGGAUGCUUUGAGAAGAGCCUUGAACGGUGUUUCUGCUGAUAUCCAGGGUACUGAUUUCUCUGAGGUUGCUUAUGAGUCUGUUUUGGAAAGAGUCAGCAGAGGUGCCGGAUCCCACUAG